GUAGCUGGGGGAAAAAAAGAACCUCUUUCACCUGUGGAUGGCAGUAUUGCGCUACACUGCCGGAAAUUUGAAAGAGGAAGAAAGACGAACAUUUGCUCUCUUUUUCCGCGCGCCUCGAGUUUCCUCCAUUUCACUCGCUUAACUAAACCGAAUCGUCCACAACGUGUCCGUCAUGAGCAAGUUUGUGGACUCCAACAUCAGUCUGUCAUCUUCAAGUCUUCCCGACACUCGUUGGAAGUUUUGCUUUGAAGCUUUAUCCUAGCCUAGCUGCUAGCUAACAAAAGAUGAAAGCAGGGUUGUCUAAAGUAUAGGGGAGUUGGAUUUCAUUCCAACUAAACAAGACGACACCUUUUCACCAAUCUGGUGUCUUACAAGUGUCAUCAGUUGUUUGCAGGCAGGUUCUGCUUGUUUUAGCAGAGACCUCAACUGUCUGUGCUCGAUUGGUAGCAACAAAAACCAGGACCGUUUCGGACACCUCUGGAUUAAAGCGUCUGCGUCGACACGUGAUCAAGCAUUUAGAAAUCGAGUGUGGAAAAUGUCCAACAAAAAGACAACGGCGGCAGCGAAACAAGAGCCGGCGGCGGCACGUCAUCCACACUCGACUGUUUGCAAAGCAAAAGUUGUUCUACACAGACUACAAGGCAUAAGAAAAUAUCUUGAGCCUGACGUUAAAGAGGGAGUGGGGCUCACCCAAAUCAAAGAGGAGGAGCCAGAGCUCCCUUACCAGCAAAUGCCAGAAGAGCAACUUCCAAUCAAAAAGGAGGAAGCGCUACCGUGUGUUAAAGAGGAGGACCAAGAUAUUACCGGGACGACCGGCGAGCCCUUGAAAAGCGAAGACGAAGGUACGAGCGCGGCCGGCGAAGGGACGGAGCCUCUGAGCGGCAGCGGCGACAGCUCAACAGAAGGAUCCCGGGAUCCGGACAACCUCAUCGCUCCACUAUCUGAUAGCGACGACGCCACGUCAUAUUCCCCGUAUGCUGAUGAUAAGGAGCCUGAAGGCGGUACCAAACAUCACGACGACACGCGUACGAGCGAGAAACCUUUUUCGUGCUCCGAUUGUGGUAAAAGAUUCACACAGAAGGGAAGCUUAAAAUUACACGCAAGGACCCACACUGGCGAGAAACCCUUUUCCUGCCCCGAUUGUGGCCAAAAAUUCACACAGAAGGGAAGCUUGAAAUCACACGCGAGAACCCACACUGGCGAGAAACCUUUUGUCUGCGCAAUUUGCGGGCAAAGAUUUGCUCAGAAGGGAAACUUGAACUUACACAAAAGAACCCACACGGGAGAGAAAUGGUUCUCCUGCUCAAUUUGUGGCCAAAGAUUCUCGCAGAAGGGAAACUUGAAAAUACACGCGAGAAUCCACACCGGCGAGAAACCUUUUGUCUGCGCAAUUUGCGGGCAAAGAUUUGCUCAGAAGGGAAACUUGAACUUACACAAAAGAACCCACACGGGAGAGAAAUUGUUCUCCUGCUCAAUUUGUGACCAAAGAUUCUCGCAGAAGGGAAACUUGAAAAUACACGCGAGAACCCACACCGGCGAGAAACCGUUCCUCUGCUCCGUUUGCGGCCAAAGCUUCACGGGAAAAAAAUCCAUCAAAAUGCACUUAAGAACCCACACUGGCGAGAAACCCUUUUCCUGCUCGGAUUGUGGCCAAAAAUUCACUCAGAAGGGAAGCUUAAAAGUCCACGCCAGAAGCCACACUGGCGAGAAACCUUUCACCUGCUCCGAUUGUGGCCAAAGAUUUAAUCAGAAAGUGCACUUGACAAAUCACACGAGGACCCACACUGAUGAUAAAAAAAUUUCCUGCACACACUGCGGCCAAGUAUUCAGCCAGAAGGGACAUUUACAACAACAUGUGAGAAUACAUACUGCUUUACUAUGCGGCAACCUGGGUGUGCAGCAACAACACACUGACGCCAAAAGCUACAUGGACUUCCUUCGUGCUGAUUUUAGCCAUAUUAAGUGUAGAUGAACCAGACUUCAAAUCUGACCUUGACCAACGACUGCUUUGCUUCCCUGCAAUUCGGCGUCACCGGUGUGUGCGUCGCACGCUGGCUGAAUUUUAUUCUGUGGACCUUCUUCAAAUUGUCCUGUGGACACGCUGAGGAUGAGCACUGUUGUUGCAAUACAUUGUUACCGCAAGGCAUCUCUAUUGUGA